UACACUCGUGCUGCGCAGUCCGCAGUCAAGAAGGAACUACUUCGACAAAAAAAACAAGGAACUAAAGAUUUAGUUAGAGAGGAAUGGGAGAGAAGAAAGGAGGAGGAGAAGGUGUAGUAUUGUUAGAGGUUCCACUGGGAGAUGCAGCAGAGACCUUUGAUUUAGAGAAGACGAUAUGCAGCCAUGGAUUAUUCAUGAUGUCUCCCAACCAUUGGGAUUCUCUCUCUCGAACCUUCUCUCGCCCUCUGCGUCUCAAUCAUCCUCCGCAUUCCCUCAUGGUCUCCAUCUCCCAUCCCUCCGAUCUUCCCCAUUCUCUCCUCGUGCGCGUCCACGGCGUACGCUCUCUCUCCUCACUUGAUCGAGCGUCGCUUCUGGGUCAGGUCGUGAGGAUGCUCAGAUUGUCGGAUACAGACGAGUGGAAUGUUAGAGAGUUUAGAAAGAUUGCAGCUGCAUUGGAAGAGGAGGAGUGUGAUUGGAUUAAAGGUUUCGGUGGAAGAGUGUUCAGAUCCCCUACUUUAUUUGAGGACAUGGUCAAGUGCAUUCUCCUCUGCAAUUGCCAAUGGUCAAGGACUCUAAGCAUGGCUAGAGCUCUUUGUGAGCUUCAACCGGAACUGCAGCUUCAAUCAUGCAGUAUGAAUGCAAGCACCAAGAAUGAACAAAGUGACACAAAUAAUUUCAUUCCUAAAACACCUGCUGGGAAAGAUUCCAAGAGGAAGCUCAGAGUGUCGAGAGUGUCCACAAGUUUAACAAAUAAGUUGCUGGGCAUGGAGAUGGAUUUGGAAGCUGAUACUUGCUUGACAAUGGAUGAUGCGCAAAUGAAGAUGGCAAAUUUGAGCCCAAACUUCUCGCUUAGUUGUAUAGAAGGUGAUUCCUCCGAUACCUGCAUAUCAUGUGAGGAAGUAAAUGAAUUUUACGAAAACAGUUCCUCUGCAACUUCUGGUCUUCAAUCUCACGAGGGGACACUUCACUUCGCACGCCAACCAAUUUAUAAUUUUCCAAGUCCAAGGGAACUAGCAAACCUUGAUGAAAGAUUUUUGGCAAAGCGCAGUGGACUUGGCUAUAGAGCAGGUCGAAUAAUAAAACUCUCACAGGAUAUUGUUGAAGGGAGGAUUCCAAUGGGGGAACUUGAGGAAGUUUGCAGUGGAGGGAGCUUAUCCACUUAUAGUAAAUUGGCUGAUCAGCUCAGAGUAAUUGACGGAUUCGGUCCUUUCACGCGAGCAAAUGUGCUUAUGUGCAUGGGAUUUUAUCAUGUUAUUCCUACCGACUCUGAAACAGUGAGGCAUCUAAAACAGUGCAGGUCCAUGCCAAAAAUUCCACAAUUCAAACAGUUCAAAGGGAUGUUGAAAAGAUAUACGGAAAAUAUGCACCCUUCCAAUUCUUAGCCUACUGGUAUGUCAUGCAGUAGCCCUGAUGUAAUGAGGCUCUUUCGACCUUUUCUCCAAUCCAAGUUAGAGGAAAAAUAUUUGAGAAUCAGGAGUCUAGAACGGGGAGCUUUUUUUUCAAAUCAUGCAUAAUAUAAAAAUUAUUUAUCAAAUGCAUAAUACACAAAUAUUUUCAGAUUAUAUGCGUCAAAGAUGACUGCCGAACAUGCAUGUUCGACUCUAUUGGUAUCGAAUAAACCAUUGUUCGACACACGGGAGGUCUCUAUCACGGAAGCUCACCGAACUGCUCCCGUCUGUCCACAGAAUCAAAUGCUCAAGUUUGGCAUUUUAAGUGCCGAACUAGCCACAACGGCUACUUCGGCACUUUAAGUGCUGGACAUGCUCUCGGCACUCUCAAUUCGCACAUGUCAGUUAUUAGAAUUAAACUAAAUAUGCUCUAAUAUUGAAUAGGUUAAGGUGUUGUUGUCAAAGUCUAUAUUUUAGACAUUUAUUUAAAUUUGUGAUUCAAUAAUUUAUAAUUACAAACAAAUCCGUUAAUUAAGAUAAUACAAGCCAACAAUAAAACUAAUAUGAGACAUGAAAACCCACAAGAAUUUAUAAUACAAACUUAAGUCAAAACAACAUAGGGGAAUAGGCUCAAAUAAAUAUAAACAAAAUAAACAUAAUGGAUAUAAUUUAAUUGAAACGUAUUUUUACAUAUAUAUACAGUUUACAUGUCAAUUAUGAUCACCAGUCCCACAGCCUGAAUGUCUCCUCUCAUGUGGAGCUCGUAAACGACCUUACCAUGGUCCCAGUGCUAGGAAUUGUUAAGGAUCCAGAUCAUUUUGUGUCAUUGGCGCAUUGAGAUUUGGAGUGCGCAACCAAACAAACUGACACCAACAUGCCCAUACCCUAAUCCAGCACUAUACUCUGCAAACAUACGUUCUCUAGUACCGUCUAACAUGUAAUACUACCUAGAAGUAGAAGGCUCAUGCAUAGGCUCUGAUGGAAAUGCAGAAUACAUCGAUCCUAAUGGUGUAUAUGGUGCCCCAUAAGGACCGGUCAUAAAUGAAGGGGAUGUAGUUGAUAUCGAAGGUUUCGACAUCCAUCCCGUGAAUUGAUUCUGAGAAGGAUAAAACGUGGAUGUCACAUGAGUUGAACUCGGUGGCACAUGAGAUGAACUUGGUGCAUCCUGAUCAUGCGUGGACUCAUGAUACUGUAUCGGGGGAGACACUGGAUGCACAUCCCUCUCUUGCCACUUGUGCCUGAUCGCUUCUACGACCCCUAGCAUGACCACGACUCCUACCUCUAGUGCCACGUGAACUGGAAUAAGUGGGUCAUCAGGGUCGGUCAGCUGUGCUAGGUGGUGCAUCAGAUGCUGGAUGUAGAGCUGGCAACUGUCUACCGUCUCUCUUCCAUCAUACAAAAAGAUACGAAUGGUAUAAGGUCGCAAAUAGCUGUUAUGCUCCCAGUGGUCAGAUUGGUAGCAAUAGUAUACAUAUACUAAGACAUCUUCUAAAAUAGAUAUAAAAAAUUAUAUUAUUUAAAAGAGACUGGUGUUAUUUAAAAUAACAUAAAAAUUAUAAAUUUUUUACUCCUGAUUCUAUUGCCGCUCUUUUAAUGGAAAUUCAGCGUUUAAACACCCUACGGUACCACUCCAUAUACUCCGAAUGAAAAUGGAGUGACUCUGUUGCUGGCGGUUCAGUAACUAUUCUUCGAUCUCGGGUGUUUCAGCGCGCGAUUUAAUGUGAAUGCACUUCUACCCAAUUAGUGUCGCUCUUCCGCAAAUCAAAAUUAUGCAGUGCAGCAGAUUAUAGUGGUUCAGCUAGAAUAUGUUGCUGCAUACCAAACUGUGGCAUACCAAACUGUCGUAUGAAACGAUCUAGCUGAUGCCACUCUCUAAUGUGAAAGAAUACUAGUGGGAUAACAGCUCUCCAAAUUUCUCAUCCUUACAGUAUUCGGGCCCUGACUCAAUCAGGGGCUUCAGUACAUGACACAUUUUAAUGUUAUACACAAAUUAAUGUAGCAUUAAAAUAUUAAUUUUAUUUAACAGUAUUACCUACUCGGGCAAUAGUCGAUCUAAUUGAUAACGCAGCUCCACUAGUAUGUGGGUGACAACCUCAGUAAUCUGUCUAGCAUUACUCCACUCGUAGAAUACAUUAUAUUAUCAAAUAUUUCUUUAAAUAUUAAAUUAAAAAAAAUAAGUAAAAAAUAUUAUAAUAUCAACUACUUGCUCCCUAAGAGAGCAUCAUGAUGUGGUAUUCGGUUAGUGUCGGCGAUACUGCUGUAAUACGGUCCCAUGCCCAUAUUUGAAGUAUGAACAAUGGACCAUCCAUCUUCAUAAUGUCAGAAUUUGUCGCCUUAUACAAUUGUCUGUACAACCAUGUCAGACAUGCUCACCCCAGCUAUAAUUGUCUGCUUCUUUCAGAUCGGCCAGCAACAGUAAAAGCAUGAGAUUCACACAAGAAGCAAAUGUAUGACCCUUUAUAACAUCUGUUUUCAGUGAUACAUCUGCUUCUCGUGUGAAUCUCAUGUUUUUACUGUUGCUGGCUGAUUUGGAAGAAGCCGGCAAUUAUAGCUGGGGUGGAACAUGUCUGGCAUGGUUGUACAGACAAUUGUGUAAGGCGACAAAUCCUGACAUUAUGUAGAUGGCUGGUCCAUUAUUUAUACUUCAAAUAUGGGCAUGGGACCGUAUUACAACAGUAUCGCCGACACUAGCUAACCAAGUACCAUAUCACGAUGCUCUCUUAAGCAGAAGGUAGGUGAUAUUAUAAUAUUUUUUACUUAUUUUUUUAAUUUAAUAUUUAAAGAAAUAUUUGAUAAUAUAAUGUAUUCUACAGGUGGAGUGAUACUCGACAGAUUACUGAAGUUGUCAACUAUGUACUAGUGGAAUUGCGUUAUCAAUUAGAUCGACUAUUGCCCGAGCAGGUAAUACUGUUAAAUAAAAUUAAUAUUUUAAUGCUACAUUAAUUUAUAUAUAACACUUAAAUGUUAAUUUCAGGUCGCUCCUCGAAUACUGUCGCGAAGGACAAGGAAUUUGGAGAGCUGUUAGUAUGCUUUCACAUUAUAGAGUGACAUCAGCUGGAUCGUGUCAUGCAACAGUUUGGUAUGCAGCAGCAUAUUCCAGCUGAACCACUAUAAUCUGCUGCACCGCUGAUUUUGAUUUGCAGAAAAGCGACACUAAUUGGGCAGAAGUGCAUUCACAUUGGAUUGCAUGUUGAAACACUCAAGAUGGAAGAGUAAUAAUUACUGGACCGCCAGCAACAAAGACACUCUAUUUUCAUUAAAGUGGUACCGUAGGGUGUCCAGAUGCUGGAUUUCUAUUAAAGGAGUGGCAAUGGAAUCAGAGGUAAAAAAUUUAUAAUUUUUAUGUAAUUUUAAAUAAUACCAGCCUCUUUUAAAUUGUACAAUUUUUUAUAUCUAUUGCAGGAGAUGGUCUUGAGCAUAUGUAUGCUAUUGCUACCAACUCGACCGGUCUUGAGCAUAUGUAUGCUAUUGCUACCAACUCGACCACUGGGAGCAUGACGGCUAUUUGCGACCUUAUACAGUCCGUAUCUUUUUGUACGAUGGAAGAGAGACAACAUACACAGUUGCCAGCUCCACAUCCAGCACCUCCUAGCACAGCUGACUCAGAUGACCCACCUAUUCUAGAGUCAGUUUCACGUGGCACUAGGAGUAGGAGUCGUGGUCAUACUAGGGGUCGUAGAAGCGAUCAGGCACAAGCAGCACGAGUUGAGAGGGAUGUGCAUCCAGUGCCUCCCCUGAUACAGUAUCAUGAGUCCACGCAUAAUCAGAAUGCACUAAGUUCAUCUCAUGUGCCAUCGAGUUAAUCUCAUGUGACAUUAUGUUUUAUCCUUCUCAGAAUCAGUUCAUGGGAUGGAUGUCGGGACCUUCGAUAUCGACUACAUCUCCUUCAUUUAUGACCGGUCCUUAUAGUGUACCAUAUACACUAUUAGGAUCGAUGUUUCUUGCAUUUUCAUUAGAGCCUUCUACUUCUAGGCAGUAUUAGAGGUCAGACGGUACGACAGAGCAUAUGUUUGCAUGGUAUAGUGCUGAAUUGGGGUGGGCAUGCUAGUGUCAGUUUGUUUGGUCAGUCUGAUCUAUUUGCGGCUGAGGUGCGCACUCCAGAUCUCAAUGCGCCGACGACACAGGAUGAUUUGGAUCCUCAACAAUUCCUAGCACCGGGACCAUGGCAAGGUCAUUUACAGGCUCCACAUGAGAGGAGACACUUGGGCUCCACACGAGAGGAGACACUCAGGCUGUGGGACUGGUGAUCAUAAUUAACAUGUAAACCGUAUGUAUGUAAAAAUGUGUUUCAAUUAAAUUAUAUCAAUUAUGUUUAUUUUGUUUGUAUUUAUUUGAGCUUAUUCCCCUAUGUUGUUUUGACUUAAGCUUGUAUUAUGGAUUCUGGUGGGCUUUCAUGUCUCAUAUUAGUUUUAUUGUUGGCUUGCAUUAUCUUAAUUAACGGAUUUGUUUAUAAUUACAAAUUAUUGAACCAAAUUCUGCACGAAUUAAAUAAAUGUCUAAAAUAUGGACUUUGACACCACCACCCUAACCUAUUCAAUAUUAGAGCAUAUUUAAUUUAAUUAUAAUAACCGAAAGAUGCGCAUUGAGUGUGUCGAACUAGCCAUUGGCUAACCGAGGAUUUAAACAUGUUUGGCACUCAAAGUGCCGAAGUAGCUGUUGUGGCUAGUUGAGUGCCGAAUUUGAGCAUUUGAGUCUGUCCAGCACUGGACAGAUGUCAAGGAGGUGAUAGCUUGUCCAGCACUUAAAGUGCUGGAUAGGCAUGUUCGGCAACUACGUAUGCUACUACAGGAGCAGUUCAGUGAGUUCGAACAUGCCUCUUUGACACACAGAAUCCAAAAAUAUUUUCGGAUUCUGCACGAUGUAAUAAAUAAUUUUUAUAUCCUAUUUCUCAGCUCGAUAAAACGUCUUACACACAUCAUAAUUGCGAGAAAUAUUCCUUUUACCAGAGUAUAAAAACUCCAAAUAAUUCAUUAAUUCUUUAACAAAUUCAUAGUGAUUGAUAAUACUGAUUACCUCACUAUGAAUGGAAUUUCGAAUCUGGAAAAAUAAUCGAGUAUCAUCCCUGAUCCAAUCUUUUCUAGUAUCAUCAGUUGGAGGAUCAUUAGUAAGAUGAUCAUCCAUUUCGAUACUUCAUAAAUAAAUACGGAUAGUCUUAUUCCAAUCUAGAAAAUUAGACCCAUUUAAUUUGUGUUUGGUGAUUUUAGUCAUUACCGGAAUCACAUCAGCUUUAGUGUUUUUAAUUUCAGCUAUGAAAACAACUCAUCGAAAGCUGACCAUAGAAAGACAAAAAAGAUGUGAACAGUACCAGAAUGCGAUCCAAAU